AUGAAUGAUAUUCCACAUAUUAUAGUAUUAUCACAUAAUAAAGGAAAUGUAAAAAGUUUCUUAGAACAUUUAAAGGAUAAGUUCGAAUUUUUAGAAUAUUAUGAAAAUUCAGAUUAUUAUAGAAUUACAUUUGAUCAUAAAAAUAUAAAUACAGAAAAUAAUUAUUUUAUAUUUAAAAAUGAAGCAAAAAUUAGAAUAAUAAAUAAAUAUUAUUCUGCUGAUGUUAUUAUAUCUUCAUGUAUUGUUAAAACAAAAAAAAAAAAGGAUCACGAAGAAAAAGAAAGUGAAGUGGAUAUAAAAAUAGAGAAGGAAAUAGAUGUAAAAAAAAUACUUUAUGAAUGUAUAAUUUUUUUAUUUGAUAAUUUCAGUAAAGAGGAAAAAAUAUUAAUUAAUGAAAAUCCUUUCAGAAAUUAUGAUGAUGAUUGUGUAGAAUAUAUAAAAGAUUCAUUAAAUGGUAAGAUGAUAAAAAAUGAAAAUUUUGAUUUUUCUAAUUUAUAUAAAGAUAUAGGUAUAAAAAUUGCUAUAUUUCCUUUAAGUUUGCAAGAAUGUAAUAAUGAAAUUAUCAAUUUUUUUAGUGAAUAUUUUAUUGAAUGCUUAUAUAUUAAUUAUGAAUUAGAGACAUUGAAUAAAAAUAUCGAACAAAAAAGUUCAAAGAUAUAUUUUUGUGAUAAAUUAAAAGAAAAAAAGAGAAACAUACAUGAAGAUUACUAUGAAGAAGAUAAUGAAAGAUUGGUUGAAGCGUUACAUUGUCAUAUGUGGAAAAAUUUAGAAAUUAAAAAGAAAAAUACAAUUACGCAUAAUUUGGUAGAUAUUGAAAAUAAAAUAGAUAAAAUUAAAGAAGAUACAGACAAUGGUAAAGAUAUGAAAGAAAAUAGAAAUGACAUAGAUGAUGAAAAUAUUAAAAAUGAUAGAAUUAUAAAAAGUAAAGAUAAUAUUAAAAAUAAUAAUAACAUAAAUAACAUUGGAGAAAUAAAAUAUGAUGAAAAUGUUAAAAAUGAUAGAAUUAUAAAAAAUAAAGAUAAUAUUAAAAAUAAUAAUAAUAUAAAUAACAUUGGAGAAAUAAAAUAUGAUGAAAAUGUUAAAAAGGAAAAUAAUGUGAACGAUGAAAAAAAUAUAAAUAAUAAUGAUAAAGGAGAAGAUAAGAAUACAGACUUAUUCUUGCAAAAUUUUAAUCAAAUUAUAGAAAAAAUAAGAUUAGUUAAGCAGGAAAAUAAAAAUUGUAGUGAUUCUGUAAGAAGAAAAAAAGCAGAAGAAUUGAUUUUUGAAUUACAAAAAUAUUUUUGUGAUAUUGAUGAUGAAUAA